AUGAUUCCGGUGAACUCUUUCGACUGGAGGGUCCUAGAGGAUCACACAAAUGCGCCUGCGAAAGCGACAUUACUUUCUGGUACAUCUUAUAUAUUGGGUUGUUCGGAAACAAGAAAAGAUAAAAGUGCUGCUCAAACCAGAAAGAAAUUUACCGAUGUGUAUGGUGAAGAUGUGUUGACAGUACGCCAGUGCCAGAAUUGGUUUGCAAAAUUUCGAUCCGGCAAUAUUGAUGUCGAAGAUGCACCACGUUCUGGAAGACCGGUUGAAGCUGAUAAAGACAUGAUAAAGGCAUUAGUUGAUGCAAACCGGCGAAUAACAAAUUUAACUGUUUAUGACCACUUGAAAGGCUUAGCGCAUCAUUACUGGGGACGAAAAAUGGGUGUAUAUAUGUCAAGCGCAAGAGAUCAUGGAGCAAAAAAGAUAAUUGCUCAAAGCAUUUCCAAAGCCAAUAUCCAUCAAAGAAAGAUUUUACCAGAUAAUACAACAAUUAAUUCGGAAGUCCACUGUCAUCAGCUGGUCAAACUGAAUGAUACACUUCAACAGGAAAGGCCAGAAUUAAUCAACAAAAAGGGUGUAGUGUUCCACCAAGAUAAUCCGAGACCUCAUUUAAGUUUGAUCCUUUGCCGAAAGCUUUCACAGCUUGAAUUGGAUACAAUGUCACAUCCACCAUAUUAUCCAGAUCUGACACCUUCGGAUUAUUAUUUGUUUCGGUUAUUGCAAAAUUUUUUAGAUGGUAAAAUAUUCUCUUCAAAUGAGGAGGUCAAAAACCACCUAUACCAGAUUUUUGAUAGCAAAGACCCAAAAUUUCAUGAGCGUAGAAUCAUGCUCGUACCAGGAGGAUGA